ACCGCAUGAAAGUCAUUUAGCCUUAGCUAUUUGUGAUGGAGAAAGGCCACCUAUGUUACCGAAUAUAUCAAAAUUUUUUAAAAAUUUAAUUCAAGAAUGUUGGAAUGAAGACCCUUCAAAAAGGCCGACAGCUGAAAAACUUUAUUAUUCAAUUGAAGAAGAAUAUGGAAAAAUCAUUCUAAAUGAGGAGUAUUAUAACGAGUUAUUGAAAGUAUAUAAUUUAAACUAUUAUUCAGUUCCAAAUACACAUAAGCAUGCUUUUAAUAUAAGUAGGUUAUUGAAUGAAUUGCUUAAAGAACCUGAUGAAAUAGAACAAGAAAUGGAUAUUUUACAAAGUGAAAAAACUUUCGAAGAGAAAGCAAUUAUUCCCUUAGUGAAAUUGUUAAGUUUUGUCACUAAGGAUAUUUCUUUAAAAGUUAAUCCAGCUUUCACGGGGUUAUUAAAUGCUACUUUUGGUAAUACAACAGAAUUAAUCAUUUCUAUUUUUGCUUUGUGUGCUGAAGAAAUAAAAAUAGAGGCAUUAAUUCCUGCUACAUUUAAUAUUUCUUUAAGCAAUAACAAUAAAGAAACUUUAGCAUUAUCUCGUGAAACUGCAAUAAUAUUGUUAUUAGCUUAUAUGCUUUAUUUAUUAUUUCAAUUAAAAAUGCAUUCACACUUGUAUAAUGAGGAACAAUGUUUGAUCCAAGAUGAGGAGCAAGCUGAAGAGCCACAAUUACCUCUUAUAUCUUCUAUAAUUUUUUUAUUCAUCAUAACUGGUCUUAUUUCUUUAUCUUCUAAUUUUUUAGUUAAUUCAUUUGAAGGAGUGAUUAAAACUCUUGGUUUUACAGAAACUUUCAUUGGAUUAAUAAUUUUGCCAAUCAUUGGAAAUGCUGCUGAGCAUAUUACCGCUGUUAUUGCAGCAAGAAAAGAUAAAAUGAAUAUAGCAAUUAGUAUAGCUGUUGGUUUUUCUAUAGAUGGAGAAUCAAACUGGUUAGAGGACCUAUCUGAGGCCAAUCUGAUAGUUAAUCCAGGAUUAGGCCCAACGAUUCAAAACUAA